AUGGAGAAGACCACCACAACAGACCUCUCUCUGAACUACAUGACUUCUGGAUAUGCAGACUAUAGGGAAAAUAUUGAAUAUGAAUGCUCAAGAGUGCCUUACGGAUUGGUGGUCUUUGCAGGUGUCUGUGUAGUGAUUUCUCUCUGUGGACUUGUGGGGAAUGGGAUAGUCAUGUGGUUCCUGGGCUUCCACAUGAAGCAGAAUCCUUUCACUGUCUACAUCCUAAAUCUAGCUGUUGCUGACUUCUCUCUGCUCCUCCUGUUUUUUCUGCUCACACUGGCAUUUUUGAGCUUAACAGCAAUGUGUUCUUAUUUGCAUUAUUUUCUUUCUUUCUACACAGAUUUUGUAUCUGUAGUUGAAUUUCUGUGCCACUUCUUUGAUCUUAGCAGCCUGGGUCUCCUGACAGCAAUCAGCGUGGAGCGGUGUAUCUCUGUCCUCUUCCCAAUCUGGUAUCGCUGCCACCGCCCAAAGCACUUAUCAGGUGUCGUGAGUGGGGUGCUCUGGGCUUGCGCUGGAUUUUUUGUUUCCUCAAUGUAUCUUAGCUUUAACUUUGCUAAAAGGUAUACGACAGUAUUUGGAGGUCUGGCCAUUGCAAUUUCCAUGAUUUUGUCAUCAAUGAUGUUGGUUUCCAACUUGUCCCUGUUUAUCAAACUCCGAUGUGGCUCACAGAGACGACACCUAGGGAAACUCUAUGUUGCUGUCCUUCUCAACAUGAUCUUCUUCUUUGGCCUUGGUAUUCCUUUCACUGUAGAGGUUUUCUUCAACCUUCCAAGUUCAUCUGAAUUGCUUCCUGGCAAAGCAUCCUUCCUGCUGGCAUUGCUGAAUUGCAGCAGCAAUCCAGUCAUUUACUUUCUGGUGGGGUGCUGCCGGCAGCGCCGGUUCCAAGGCUCCGUGAAAGUCGCCUUCUGCCGAGUGUUCGAAGAGAAAGCGACGAGCGAGGAGAGCCGCGUGCCCGGGGACACUGCGGUGGAGACCACUCUAUAA